CCUUCCUGCCUCUGGCGCCAGCACGUCUUGAUUUCGUUGGCCGCGUUCGGAUGGCAGCUGCCGCUGUGGCUGCGGCCGCCUCUUAGUGGUGCCCCUUUCCCGGCGUGCCGAGGGCGGUGCGGCCUCCUAAUCUGUCCGGUUCUCCUGCGCGUGGUUCCGAAGGGCGCCGGUUUCCCACAGCAGGCGGUAUGGGCAGGGAGUCACGCCACUAUCGGAAGCGAUCAGCAUCACGGGGACGCUCUGGAAGUCGAUCUAGAAGUCGUUCACCCUCAGACAAAAGAAGUAAACGUGGAGAUGACAGACGGUCUAGAAGCAGGGAUAGAGAUAGGAGGAGAGAGAGGUCUCGUAGCAGGGAUAAAAGAAGAUCUCGGUCCAGAGACAGGAAGCGUCUGAGGCGUUCCAGAAGUAGAGAGAGAGAUAGAAGUCGAGAACGAAGAAGAUCUCGAAGUCGGGACAGGAGACGUUCAAGGAGUAGAAGCCGAGGCCGAAGAUCCCGAUCUUCCAGUCCUGGCAAUAAAAGCAAGAAAGCUGAGAAUAGGUCUAGAUCCAAAGAGAAAACAGAUAGUGGGGAAAGUUCUAAAGAGAAGAAAAAAGACAAAGAUGACAAAGAGGAUGAAAAAGAAAAGGAUGCUGGUAACUUUGACCAGAAUAAGCUAGAAGAAGAAAUGAGAAAGCGAAAAGAAAGAGUAGAAAAAUGGCGAGAAGAGCAACGUAAAAAGGCCAUGGAAAACAUAGGGGAACUGAAAAAGGAAAUCGAAGAGAUGAAACAAGGGAAAAAAUGGAGUUUAGAAGACGAUGAUGAUGAUGAAGAUGAUCCUGCAGAGGCUGAAAAGGAAGGAAAUGAAAUGGAGGGUGAAGAGUUAGAUCCAUUAGAUGCUUACAUGGAAGAAGUGAAAGAGGAAGUAAAAAAGUUUAAUAUGAGAAGUGUGAAAGGUGGUGGGGGAAAUGAAAAGAAGUCUGGUCCAACGGUCACAAAAGUUGUCACAGUUGUCACAACCAAAAAAGCAGUUGUAGAUUCUGAUAAGAAGAAAGGUGAGCUAAUGGAGAAUGACCAGGAUGCCAUGGAGUAUUCUUCAGAGGAGGAAGAAGUUGAUCUUCAGACAGCUCUUACAGGUUACCAGACAAAGCAGAGAAAGCUUCUAGAACCAGUGGAUCAUGGAAAAAUUGAAUAUGAACCAUUCAGAAAAAACUUUUAUGUUGAAGUUCCAGAAUUGGCAAAAAUGUCUCAAGAGGAGGUGAAUGUAUUUCGGUUGGAAAUGGAAGGCAUUACUGUCAAAGGGAAAGGUUGCCCCAAACCAAUUAAAUCUUGGGUUCAGUGUGGAAUUUCUAUGAAGAUAUUAAAUUCUCUCAAAAAGCAUGGUUAUGAAAAGCCCACGCCAAUCCAAACCCAGGCGAUUCCUGCGAUAAUGUCUGGACGAGAUUUGAUUGGUAUUGCCAAGACAGGAAGUGGAAAGACCAUUGCCUUUCUGUUGCCCAUGUUUAGACACAUCAUGGAUCAGAGGUCUUUAGAAGAAGGAGAGGGGCCAAUAGCUGUCAUCAUGACUCCAACUCGAGAACUGGCUUUACAAAUUACUAAAGAAUGUAAGAAGUUUUCGAAGACCUUGGGCCUUAGAGUGGUCUGUGUUUAUGGAGGAACAGGAAUCAGUGAGCAGAUUGCUGAGCUGAAAAGAGGUGCUGAAAUUAUUGUUUGUACACCUGGUCGAAUGAUUGACAUGUUAGCAGCUAAUAGUGGUCGGGUUACAAAUCUUCGAAGAGUGACGUAUGUUGUUUUAGAUGAAGCAGACAGAAUGUUUGACAUGGGUUUUGAACCACAGGUCAUGCGCAUUGUGGAUAAUGUUCGCCCUGACAGACAGACAGUUAUGUUUUCAGCUACUUUCCCCAGAGCUAUGGAAGCCUUGGCUCGGAGAAUCCUGAGUAAACCCAUUGAAGUACAGGUUGGAGGCAGAAGUGUAGUUUGCUCGGAUGUGGAGCAACAAGUGAUUGUGAUUGAAGAAGAAAAGAAAUUCUUGAAGCUACUUGAACUUCUCGGUCAUUAUCAAGAAUCAGGAUCUGUCAUUAUAUUUGUGGAUAAGCAGGAACAUGCUGAUGGUCUUCUGAAAGAUUUAAUGAGAGCUUCUUACCCUUGCAUGUCUCUUCAUGGAGGCAUUGAUCAGUAUGACAGAGAUAGCAUCAUAAAUGAUUUUAAGAAUGGGACCUGCAAACUUCUUGUGGCUACAUCUGUUGCUGCCCGAGGCCUCGAUGUGAAGCAUCUGAUUCUUGUUGUAAACUAUAGCUGUCCCAACCAUUAUGAGGAUUAUGUGCACAGAGCAGGACGGACUGGAAGAGCAGGCAACAAAGGCUACGCAUACACUUUUAUCACAGAAGAUCAAGCCCGGUAUGCUGGAGACAUAAUUAAAGCCCUUGAACUGUCAGGGACUGCAGUGCCACCUGAUCUAGAGAAACUCUGGAGCGAUUUCAAAGAUCAACAGAAAGCUGAAGGGAAAAUAAUUAAAAAGAGUAGUGGGUUCUCUGGUAAGGGAUUCAAGUUCGAUGAAACAGAACAAGCUUUGGCCAAUGAGAGAAAGAAGUUACAAAAAGCUGCUCUUGGUCUGCAAGAUUCAGAUGAUGAGGAUGCUGCGGUUGAUAUUGAUGAGCAAAUUGAAAGCAUGUUUAAUUCAAAGAAGAGAGUGAAGGAUAUGGCAGCUCCUGGAACAUCUAGUGUGCCUGCUCCCACUGCAGGGAAUGCUGAGAAACUGGAAAUUGCAAAGAGAUUGGCUCUUAGAAUCAAUGCUCAGAAGAACUUGGGCAUUGAGUCUCAGGUAGAUGUGAUGCAGCAGGCCACCAAUGCCAUUCUCAGAGGUGGCACCAUCCUGGCUCCCACUGUAUCUGCAAAAACCAUUGCAGAGCAACUUGCUGAAAAGAUAAAUGCCAAGCUCAACUAUGUGCCUUUGGAGAAACAAGAAGAGGAGAGACAGGAUGGUGGACAGAAUGAAUCUUUUAAGAGAUAUGAGGAAGAAUUAGAGAUCAAUGACUUCCCACAGACUGCUAGAUGGAAAGUUACCUCUAAGGAAGCUCUGCAGAGAAUCAGUGAAUAUUCUGAAGCUGCAAUUACAAUCAGAGGAACGUACUUCCCACCUGGCAAAGAGCCCAAGGAAGGAGAGCGGAAAAUUUACUUGGCAAUUGAAAGUGCCAAUGAACUGGCUGUGCAGAAAGCGAAGGCAGAAAUCACCAGGCUUAUAAAAGAAGAACUGAUCCGAUUGCAAAAUUCAUACCAACCAACAAAUAAAGGAAGAUACAAAGUCUUAUAAAACAUCUGGGAAAAACUUUUACCUGUGCUGGUCUGUGAUAAAUGUGGCAGUUGUUGUCUUCAGUUUAUAAUGUAUUCUAAAUUAAGAUUUUUAAAAUUUUGUCUUGCUGAUUUUUUUUCCUUAAGUAUAAGAAACCAAUAUUUGUUAACAAAUCUUCUUUCUGUAAGUACCCCCAGAAUUAUCAAACUCUAUUUAAAGCAGGCCUGUUUUCAUUAAAGUGUCCUUUAAUGCAAAACUUAAAUAUCAAUAUAUUAACUAUCUGGGUAAUAUUCCAGAAGUUUAAGACAAUUAAAAUAUUUGAACUUUCCAUUGAAGAUAAUAAACUAUAAAAGUUGCUAAGGGGUUGUUCACCUCAUCUUCUUGCAAUGAAACUAUGAUCAUCUCCUCAGAAAAGGUAAAAUUCUCUAAUUUUAUGUCUACCUUGAGUUUAAAUCUUACUUGACUCAGAACAAUAUGAACUGGAUAUAAGAAU